UAUAAAGGGAAGCCCCAUUUACUGCAGCUCAGCAAGCAAACAUGAAGAAAGGGAACUAAGCUUUGGUUUGGAUCAGCUCCCGAUUUAUAUCUUGUAUGACAAAGUGAAACUAUUUCACAUUCACUGUCUCUUCGAAGUGAAAUGGCGCAGCAACAAAAACUCAUGGAUCAGAAAAAACUCUGCUGUUCGAUCUGUCUGGAGCUACUGAAGGAUCCGGUGACUAUUCCCUGUGGGCACAACUACUGCAUGCAUUGCAUUAAAAGCCACUGGGAUGAAGAGGAUCACAAAGAAAUCCACAGCUGUCCUCAGUGCAGACAGACCUUCAGACCGAGGCCUGCCCUGGUGAAAAACACCAUGUUAGUAGAUUUAGUGGAGGAGCUGAAGAAGACAGGAUUCCAAGCUGCUCCAGCGGAUCACUGCUACGCCGGGGCUGGAGAUGUGGCCUGUGAUGUCUGCACUGGGAGAAAACUGAAAGCUCUCAAGUCCUGUCUGCAGUGUCUGGUCUCUUACUGUGAGCAGCACCUCCAGCCUCACUAUGAAUCCCCCGCCUUUGAAAAACACAAGCUGGUGGACCCGUCCAAAGAGCUUCAGGAGAACAUCUGCUCUCAACAUGGUAAAGUGAUGAAGAUUUUCUGCCGUACUGAUCAGCAGUGUAUCUGUUAUCUGUGCUCCAUGGACGAACAUAAGGACCACAACAUUGUCUUAGCCUCAGCAGAACGGACUGGGAGGCAGAUAGAGCUCGGAACGAGUCGACAAAGAAUCCAGCAGAGAAUCCAAGACAUAGAGAAAGAAGUGAAGGCGCUUCAGCAUGAAGUGGAGGCUAUCAAUCACUCUGCUGACAAAGCAGUGCAGGGCAGCCAGAAGAUCUUCACUCAGUUGGUACGUCUUAUUAGGAAUAGAAGUUCUGAUGUGAAGCAGCAGAUCAGAUCCCGGCAGAAAACUGAAGUGAGUCGGGCCAAAGACCUUCAGGAGAAGCUGCAGCAGGAGAUGUCCAAACUAAGGAGGAAAGAUGCUGAGCUGGAGCGGCUCUCACACACAGAGGACCACAUCCAGUUUCUACACAAUUACCCCUCGCUGUCAUGUCCUUGUGAAUUUACAGACUCUCCCAGCAUCAAAAUCCAUCCUCAGCUAUACUUUGAGGAUGUGACAGUAGCUGUGUCAGAGGCUGGAGAUAAGCUACAGGACAUUCUUAGUGAGGCAUGGACCAAGAUCUCACUGACAGAGACCAGAGUGGAUGUUUUCCUGCCACAAGCAGAGCCCAAGACCAGAACUGAAUUCUUACAAUAUUCAUGUCAAAUCACACUGGAUCCAAACUCAGCACACAGACAGCUGCUAUUAUCUGAAGGGAACAGAAAAGCAACAGUGACAAGUGAAAAACUGUUAUAUCCUAGUAAUCAAGACAGAUUUACUGACAUGUUUCAGGUCCUGAGUAGAGAGAGUCUGAGCGGACGUCACUACUGGGAGGUGCAGAAGAGCAGAUGUGAAGUUUCAAUAGCAGUUACAUACCAGGAUAUCAGCAGAACAGGAUAUGAGAGUGGAUUUGGAAAUGACGACAAGUCUUGGACAUUAGAGUGUUUUAACAACAAUUAUGCAUUUAGACAUAACAGCAUUGGCACUUUUAUCUCAGGCCUCCAGUCCUCCAAAAUAGGAGUGUACCUGGAUCACAUGGCAGGUAUUCUGUCCUUCUACAGCGUCUCUGAAACCAUGACUCUCCUCCACAGAGUCCAGACCACAUUCACUCAGCCACUGUGUCCUGGACUUGGUGUUUUCGGUUCACAAAGUAACGGACCUGCGGCUGAACUCUGUAAGCUUGAGUAGAUAGAAGAUUAAUAAUGUUUAGUUCCAGUACAGUUUCAAAAAUAAAAUAUCACCAAUUAAUGUAGGGAUGCAUUUACAGUCAGUUAAGACACAGUUACAGUAAAGAUGUGAUGUAGGUUUAUACUCCAUUAAUGAAGGUUCAGUGUUGCUGUCUUUCUUCACACUACUUUUCUUUUUGUUUUGUUUUUACUACAUUCCAAAAGCAUUAGCUUUUCAUUUACAGUUGCACAGUGAUAAAAAUUGCUCUCAUCAAAUCAUUUUACAUGUUUAACUAUUCACCCUUACUUAUAUGUACCUUUAUUAUUUGAACAUUUGCACCUUCCUUUUGUAUUAAAGUAACUUUUUGUGAUUUAGUUUUUAUAUAAACCUGGUAUAUGAUCAUUGUGUACAAUUAUCAUGAAAAGCAUUUUACAAAUAAACUUACUAAUGUCCA